GGGCGUCAGCCUUGCCCCUCCCGCUCGGAGCUGGCGGCGAUGCGCGGGGCUCGGAACAUGGAGGACUACGGGCUCUUCCUGGCGCUGCUGGGCUCGGCGCUGCUGGUCGGCUUCGUUUCCGUCGUUUUCUCCCUCGUCUGGGUCUUCAGCUACCGCGAAGGGCUCGGCUGGGACGGGGGCUCAGCGGAGUUCAACUGGCAUCCCGUCCUCAUCGUCACGGGCUUCGUCUUCAUCCAGGGCAUCGCCAUUAUUGUGUACAGGUUGCCAUGGACCUGGAAGUGCAGCAAACUUCUAAUGAAGUUCAUACAUGCCGGAUUAAAUACCAUAGCUAUGAUUCUUGCAAUUGUUUCUAUGGUAGCUGUGUUUGACUACCACAAUGCCAGGAGGAUCCCCAACAUGUACAGCCUGCACAGCUGGAUUGGGCUGACUGCUGUUAUAUUGUAUUCUCUUCAGCUUUUCUUAGGUUUUGCUAUCUUCCUACUCCCAUUUGCUCCAGUACCUCUCCGAGCAGCUCUCAUGCCAAUACAUGUUUAUUCAGGGCUCCUCAUCUUUGUAGCAGUGAUUGCAUCAGCUCUCAUGGGAAUCACAGAGAAACUUUUAUUUGCACUGAAUAGUACUGUGUACAGUACAUCCCCACCAGAGGGGAUUUUUGUCAACAGUCUUGGUCUCCUGAUUGUCAUAUUCGGUGCACUUAUUUUGUGGAUGGCAAGCAGGCCCCAGUGGAAGCGCCCACCAGAAGAGAAUGCUAAAGUUCAGCGGCCCAAUGGUGGGGCUCCUGAAGGCAUGGAAGCAGAAUCCACAAUGACAGAUGGCAGCAACGCAGACAAAUCUGAUGUGGGGUUCAACAGUGAAGCAGCCAGAAAACGACACUUCAAACUUGAUGAAGCAGGGCAACGAUCAACUAUGUAAAGAAAAUAUAUACAAUAACAGUACUGCUAUACCACAAAAAACCUGUUCCUUCCAGUUUAGUUAUAUGGAUAUACUACGUGUCCCAAAUACACUGUAUUGGUUCAUAGUCAGUCCUCUCUCAAAAAACUGAGAGCAUGGAUAGCAUCACAUAUUGGGAAAACGUUUUCCACAUCACUUCUUAAAUUAACAUGUCUAAGAGUCAUGAAGAGUUACUGAAACUAAAUUCAAUUUUGAUAGAUUUUUAAGGUAUGAGAGAAAUAUUGUGAAAUAUACCAGAAAACAGAAUUUAGCCAUUAGCACGUAACUUUUUUGCUAAUGUUCACUUUUCUGAAGUUGUGAUCUAUCACAUUGAUUAAACCCCUCACCAACUGCUAAGAUCUGCAUUGAGGUUACUCAGCACUUGGCUGAGAUGCACUAUAAAAUCUUUUAAUCUAAAAUUUUGAAUUCAAAGAAAUUAACAGCUUGCCUGAUAUCUUCAUGAAAUGUUCUGCAUUUAAAGCCAGCUCAAUUUUUAUUUCUAUUUUUUAAAUCUGAAUGUAUCUGUUGACUUUUUUUUUUUAAAUCAGCUUCACCAAAUAUAUCGUAUAGAUAACAUAUUGUUGAAAUCGUAAAAGAUCCAAGAGUCUGAUUUUGAAAGGCAUAUAGGCACGCUUAGAAAAAAAAACGUAUCGCUUAAACCAGGACUUCCUUCUAUCCCAGAAGGCUGUGAUUUACUCUCUUGAUUUGAUUGCACAGUUCCUUGGCAUUAGACUGGAAAUUAGUAAGUUAGAAAACAGAACAGACUGGUAGCAGACUCAGAAGAAAGGAGCUUGAACCAAGAAGUGUUUUCUGCCAAAAAACAAUUGAGCUUUGCUGAUCUGACUGAAAUAUUACCAACUAACUGAAAGCUAGUUGUAGUAUUUAUGUUCUGGUGCCACAACCAUCAUCAUCACCAAAACGAAGACAUUCUUUAGUAUACAUAUAACUACAUAUAAACUCUAUGACUUCUCUUAUUUGAAAUUUAAGUGUUAAAUAAUGCAAUUCAAGUCUCUACUGGCACUUUACUUUUAUAGCUCUUCUAGUAAUCAGAGUAUUAAUGUGUUAUGCUCAUUCAGUUCUUUCACAGAUAUAAAAUGUGCUUAUGUUUUUUUACUACUAUAGAAGAAUUACAGUAUAUUAUUUUGAUUGCACAUUUCCAGAGUUAUGAGCCUUUGUAUUAUAACCUCUAUAAAAGUCACCUUGGAAACUGCAAUACCUGUUUCAAAGAACUAGAUACAGACAGUUUCAGACAGCAGAUCAUUUUCUUUAAUCAUUUUUGUAAAUAACUACAUAAAUUUGCAUCUAUAUCAGCAUCUCAUUACCUGUUAUUUUAUUUUUUACUAUUUAACUGUUUGAGUGCAGUACAGAAAACUAGCAUAGCAAUUAUUAGAAAAAAUUUACCUGCUCUACUAUUUGGUACUCAAUAACUACAAGUUCCGUUUUCACUUAUGUGUGUGGGUGUCUGAGACCCUUUCAGCAUUGGUUUCAUUUAAGAAAACGCAUACUUUUAAAUGCCUUCCUACAGCAUUCAGAAAUGCAAGAAGGAAAUACCAUCCUAUUGUAUGAGCACUUAUCCAGUCCCAUAAUGUACAGUGGAUUGCACAGUUUUUUCACUUGUUUGUCAAGCAUAGGUUUUUCACAUUCUACACAGUUGACUGCUUUUCCUAAUCUAAUGUCAGCAUAAAGUCCAACCACUACUGAUAGCAGCGUUAUGAAAGAAAAAGGAGCGCACUAGUUUUACCUGAAAAUAGUGCUCAACUGUUAGGAUGAUUGCUUUAUGCAUCUCAUCACUCUUCUGGAGUGUACUAAGCUACGUUACCUUCUUUCUCGUCAUCUCCUUAUAUUCUGCUAAAACUGGUCUGCUUUUCUGAUGAAAUCAGUAAGCAUUUUACAGCUGAUUGAUAGAUUCACAGUCUUUGUGAGAGAUGUUCUGUUAACACUUUCAAAACAUGAGUUAAUGUAUGCAAUUCAAAACAGGUUAUUUUAAGUUAUUAUGUAUUAUGCUGUUGCUGCGUCUCAUCUACCUUUGAAAAUGAGCUCAUUUAAUGUUUGCACAGCACUAAGUCAUCUAAUAAAAGGUGUGCCAGGCAGAGCCUUGUCCAAGGACUGAUCUAGAAUAAACUCUUAACCGUACACUAUAUUGGGAAGAAAAGAAAAAAAAUCCUUAAUAUCUCUUACUUCUUUUACUACAACAUUGACUUGGAUGCAGAGUUCCCUAUGCUGUUUGAAGUUAAGCUACAAAAAUUAAUAUGCCCUUGAAUUCCCAUUUUGCUCCAUAUACUGAUCAAGAGUAAUGAUACUUCCAUUCUAGAAAUUACAGUCACAAGCAGAUAACCAGUGAUAGCUCAUUUGCAUGAAGCAUGGGCUUCUGACUGUUUUGAACUUUGGAAGGUCCCUAAGAGAUGCAGUAAUUCUGAGUUCCUAAAUCUUGCUCCACCUCAGUGUGUGCAAUUUAAAACAGACUGAACAUACUACAGACUAUCAGCUUCUGUUCUAAACUGAUUAAAAAGAUCUUGAGAUACUCAAGAUUUAACUAACACAAGGUGAGUUCAGGCGUUAAGUACAAUUAUGUGCAACUUCAGAGAGCAUUUUUCUUUGGAAAAAAUACACUCCUACAACUGCUUCUCAGAGUGGCCUUCCAUCGCCUUUUCUUUUAUAAAGGUUUCUUUUUAACCUGUAAUUACAAGAUGUGGCACCAGCACAAGAAAUAACGAAGUUAUAUUUUCAAAAUGGAACUUGAAAUUCUAAUUUUUUACCAGGAUUUUUCUGUAUAUUUGAACAUUUUCUACAGGACAAGAUUGUACGGCUUACAUUCCAAGUUGGGAUUCCCGUAAAAACUGCAGACAUUCCAAAACCUAACACUGACAGUAUUAAAGAUGUCUGAAAAAGUAAUUAUUUUGGAUGUAGUUGACUUGCAGUACUGA